UUAUUUAACCACAAUGGGAAUCCAAGCGUUCUUUCAUUUACCAGUUUUCCUCUUCAUGUUGGUAUCGUUUCAUUCAGUUGUUACUCAGUACCACCGUGAUACACGCGAAGUCUCCAUCCUUGGUAAAAUGCUUCAAAAACACAUUUUUAAAACAAUCACUGGAGCAGCAUUCGGUGAUGUGUGUUUGCGGGAAUGUUAUCGUGACGUCAGAUGCCAAAGCUUUAACUAUGUGUUCACACAGGACAAGUGUGAACUGAGUAAACGCACAAAGGAAGCCAGGCCUGAAGAUUUUGUAACCAACUCUGAGAGAUAUUACUUCAGACGAGAUAUGAAGAGAGCUAUUCUCGGUGCCAUUCCAGAGUUGUCUGCAGACUCGUGCAAGGAAAUCAAGGCGAGUGAAGGUGGAGAAGCGGUCAGCGGAAAAUACUGGCUGAAUUUCAUCAAACCUGACACUCCUGUGUUGGCUCAUUGUGACAUGAAAACUGAAGAUACCGACGAAUGUAAUGCCUCCGUUAGCGUUUGUGAUGUGAACGCUGAUUGCAAAAACACUGUGGGAUGGUAUCGCUGCUCUUGCAGAGCCGGUUUUUCUGGAGAUGGACAUACCUGCAAAGAUAUUAAUGAAUGUGCCAGUGGUGUACAUGAUUGCCACGUUUCAGCCUCAUGCACUAACACUCUUGGAUCGUUUAGCUGCUCAUGUAACCAUCCGUACAAAGGGGAUGGAAGAUCCUGCAGUAAUCUCCCAUCAGAAUGUCAAAAUUAUCAGAGUCUGACGGGGGGAGACAGAAAGGUAACCUACGACAAUCAAGACACGGUUUGCGACAACGGACUCACGGGUUGGUAUCGUUUUGAAGGAGCAGCGGGGACAAGAAUGCCUACCUCAUGCCCUCCAACACACCGAUGCAAUUCUCACGUACCCGGAUGGAUAAAUGGUACGCAUCCCACACAAGCUGAUGGUCAGGUCACCAGGACGGUUUGCUUCCAUUGGCAGUCAGACUGCUGCUACAAAUCAAGUGCUGUCAAAGUGAUAAACUGCGGAGGUUAUUAUGUUUACUUCAUAAAUGGCACACCGUGGUGUCACCUCCGCUACUGCGGCACGGACUAAAUCGAAGUUGGUCGAGAAAAUUGUGAAUUUUGUGUAAUCGUUCUAAAAUUACAGUUACAUUUAUGAGUAUUAUGCUUUAAUAUUCUUACAGGUAGUAAGCGCUCUGUGAUUGGUCAUGAUUACCACCUUGAUAAAUAAAUAAGUAAAUACAAAACAAAGAAAAAAAAGGAAAAGAACUAGAUUUUUGUUAUUGAUUUGAAAAGUGUUCUCGAAGGUGGAGAAGGAAGUGAUAGGAAAGUUUGCAAUAUCAAAAUGUUUCCAAUGCCAUUUUUUUUCUGCUCUUUAUUUUCAGAAUCUUAAUGGAUGUGAUGUAACAUCUGGGUUGUCAAAGACUGAGUAUGAUUUCAAAGGGUCAAAUUUUAAUGGCAUUAAAACGAAUGUAUCAGAUCUAUUGCCUGAUCAGAUCGUAUGGUUGAUAUUGUGUGGUUCUACACAUUUAAUUAACGGUUUGUUCCGUAACAUGCACCGUUUACUCUUUUAAAUACACAAUUAUAAUACUAAUCGCUAAAUUGAGAAGAGGUAAACUACUUUUUACAUGACUUUUACCGAAUAAAAAUGGUUUAAACACACCUUCAAGUCAGUUUCCUUAUUUUUCGGUGACUCAGUCAGUUAAAACCAGUGGAAAUAAGUUAUUUCAACCAUACAUUUAUGGUAAAUGUAACCCACAUAAAGUAAUUUUAAAAAAGGCAAAUAAGUGACACGAAUCGACCAAAAAUUUCAAUCUGUAUCGAUUGUAUAUUCAAUCAAGUCGAAAUAACUAGAGCAGGAGGUCACCGAGUGGAAUCUUUUUAGAGGCAAUCAGUCACCACUCGCUUCAGUAUUACACCUCCAAACGCUAUUUUAAUUUUGUACUUUAAGUGCAGUCAAG